ACCUGCGAGACUCCAGCUCUGCAGGAGAGGCAGGCAGACAGGGAGGGACAGACGGAGCUGCUCUUGCCUCCCUUUGAGCUUCCCAGUGCUCUGCCUGUGUGGAGGCCUGAGGCAUGGGGACCAGGGGAUGGACACUUUCUACCUUCGUGGGAUGCUGCAUAUGGAUUCUGCACGGGCUCGGGGCUGCUGCUGCCCUCCCUUUUACUACCGAGGGGCCAUUUUCUGCAGGGACGGCUUCUCCCAUCACGGCAGAGAGCAAGGGGCCCAGUGCCCUGGUGGUGGGCACUGCAGAGACAAGCACCGUGGCGGCUGAUGCUGAGACGGUGGAGACCACCCUCAUGGAGAGCCCACCAAGCCCAACCUUCCCUCCCGGGGCUGAGCCAGAUGCUGUGGUGACAGGGGCAAGCAAAUACACCUCUACAGCACCGACUUGGACGAACGUGACCAAGCCGCUUAACACGUCUCAGGAUUUUGAGAGGGGUUUGACUGCUCCUGCUGCAGCCACGACUGCUGCCGCCAUCUCUGCACAGCACCCCACUAUCACCCCGGAAGCAGAGCUUGAUGUAACAGCAGCUGCUCCCGGCACCCCCCUGGGGACCACCCCUCUCUUUGCAGGUAUGAAGGAGGACAUCGCGGCUGUGGCCAGAGAAGGAGAAGAUCUAAACCCCAGCACUGCCGCCAAGUCCCUCCCUACCAUCCCUCCACCAGCAGCCGCCUGGGAGGCACAGCCAACUGCUGGCAGCCCUGUGGGUGCCGGUGUCACCAUGCUGCCGAGCCAAGGGCUGACCACAGCUGCGGGAGCAGUUGAGGAAGGCGUUACCCUGCCCCUGGAUAUCCAAAGCAAAGACAGUGCCAACUCCUCGAGCCCCAGCCCCAGCACUGGGGGGCUGCUUACAGCCCAGCAGGACAGAGCGGUGAGCGGGGCUGUGGGCAUCACCCCAGAGCCAGUGGGAGAAAUUACCCCGGCUGCUGAGGGAAGUCCCUCAGCGUCAGUGCCUGGAGAUGCAGGAGAUGCAGUAAAUGGUGAAUUCAGCCCACCUGCCUCGACUUUCCUGCCCCUGGAGAGCCCAACAGCGUCGGGAACAGUGGGAAACCUAUGGGAGCCCUCUGUCCUCCCCGACCAGGCAGUGCUGAGCCCAACUACUUUGCUGGCACCGGCCGGCAGUGAGGAUUGGGAAGGGCAGGGAGCUCCUGGUUCAGCCUUGUCACCUGCAGCCAGUGAGGCACCCAAGGCAACAGAGGACACUGCUAUCUCGCUGCUAUCCCCAGGGGUUCCCACUGAUGUACUGAGUGACACAAACCCCCCAGUCCUGGCCACUGCACUACCCAGAGGGGACAUGGGAGCUGUGCGUCUGGCCAAACCAUCCCCAUGGCAGACCCCCACUGGAGAACAGCCACCACUGCUUGCUGCUGCUCUGCCAUUCCCCAGUGCUCCUGGGGCUCCUUACCCACCUCUGGGUACUGCUUACCCACUCCCGGGGGCUGCUUACCCACCCCCAGGGACUGGGGCUGGCACCCUGCCUGCAGCUGAUGAUGGAGCAGAGACACCAGCAAGCCCUGACCUCAGUGCUGCUCGAGGAGCACCCAUGUCUCCUUCUCUCGGGGGAACACAGCCAUUGGAGACGGCAGCUGGUGCUCCCCAGGAUGCUGAUGGCGCUCGCUUGAAUUCAGCUUCAGAUGCUCCCAACCCAGCAUCUUUUGUACCUGAUGGACUGGCAUGGCCUGCUGCUGGGGUCCAGGAUGAGGGGGCCGAGGGUGCAGGGGACACAGCACAGUCAGGAGGUUCAGGAAAUGGCAGUCCUUAUUCAGAUACCCAGACUGACACGAAUCCUUCAGCCUUCAGUGUUCAGCAAGAUCCAGCUAACACUGGAGAGCUGCCGACAGGAGGAACAGAAGCUUUGGCAAAUGCCGAACUGUCCCCUCUGUCAGCUCUUGGGGAUGGAGCAGGAGCAGCGCCGGCACUGGGACAAGGGCCCCUGCCUGGUCCCGCACCUCCUGGCAGUGCUGGGCUGGAGCCUGGUGUCUUGGAGGCUGAAGGACCAGGGGGCAGUGCUCCUGUGGCUGCUUAUCCACCCCCAGGGGCUGCAGCCGGCCCUGUGUCUGGGUCAGAGACACCAGCGAGCCCUGACCUCAGUGCUGGGGAGCCCCAGGGAGCUCCCGUGCCUCCGUCCUUUGGGGAGUCACAGCCACUGGGGAUGGCAGCUGGUGCUCCCCAGGGAGCAGGUCUCCCUGGAGCCAAUGGAUCCAGCACCAGCUUGACUUCAGCAUGGGAUGCCCCCAGCUCAGCAGCUUAUGGACCAGCAGGACCCUCAUCACCUGCCCUUGGGGUCCAGGCUGGCACAAAUGUGGGGCUGCCGGCAGCAGAGGAGCAUGGAGCUGGCCCAGCAGAGCAGGCGCUGGGAGGAGCAGGCAGUGGGGCUGGUUUUGAGCCGCCUCUGGUCUCUGCUGCGGGCAGUGGGACAGUGGCUGGGAAGGAUCAGCUGCCCGGGGCAGGUUCCUUGUCCGGUCCUGCUUCUCCCAGUGAUGUGGUGGCAGCACCCUCGGUUUCAGAGGGUGGUGGAGCAGGACCCAUCCCAGCCGCAGCCCUUGGCCCUGACAGCCUGUCCCUGGCCUCUCCAGACACUGAAACUGGUUCAGAGCUUGCUCUGGUGCAAGGGGCUGAGAGCAGAGGGGAUGCAGCACAGGCAGGAAACCCAGAAAAGCCCUACACGGAGACAAGUCCUUCAGCCUUCAGUGUUCAGCAAGAUCCAGCUAACACUGGAGAGCUGCCGACAGGAGGAACAGAAGCUUUGGCAAAUGCCAAACUGUCCCCUCUGUCAGCUCUUGGGGAUGGAGCAGGAGCAGAGCCGGCACUGGGACAAGGGCCCCUGCCUGGUCCCGCACCUCCUGGCAGUGCUGGGCUGGAGCCUGGUGUCUUGGAGGCUGAAGGACCAGGGGGCAGUGCUCCUGUGGCUGCUUACCCACCCCCAGGGGCUGCAGCCGGCCCUGUGUCUGGGUCAGAGACACCAGCGAGCCCUGACCUCAGUGCUGGGGAGCCCCAGGGAGCUCCCGUGCCUCCGUCCUUUGGGGAGUCACAGCCACUGGGGAUGGCAGCUGGUGCUCCCCAGGGAGCAGGUCUCCCUGGAGCCAAUGGAUCCAGCACCAGCUUGACUUCAGCAUGGGAUGCCCCCAGCUCAGCAGCUUAUGGACCAGCAGGACCCUCAUCACCUGCCCUUGGGGUCCAGGCUGGCACAAAUGUGGGGCUGCCGACAGCAGAGGAGCAUGGAGCUGGCCCAGCGGAGCAGGCGCUGGGAGGAGCAGGCAGUGGGGCUGGUUUUGAGCCGCCUCUGGUCUCUGCUGCGGGCAGUGGGACAGUGGCUGGGAAGGAUCAGCUGCCCGGGGCAGGUUCCUCAUCUGGUCCUGCCUCUCCCAGUGGUGCAGUUGCAGCAUCCUCCGUUUUGGAUCCAUCCAGCCCAAGUUCUUCUGGACCUUGGCCGCCUUCCCUGGGUGCUGGGCCUGGGGUCCCUCCUGCUGCAGGAGAAGGGGCAGGUGAAGCAGCUGGUGACAGAGGGUCCUCAGGGCAGUCCCAGGCCCCUGCUAGAGAGGGACCAGCUGCUUCAGGAGCCCCUGAUGGAGAAAUGAGCACUGUGCUGCAGUUUGCAUCUUCUUCCCCAUCUAUAGAGGGGUCUUCAUCACCUGGGACAGCUGUCGAGGCUGCUAAUGGAGCAAGCCUUCCUGGAGCUGGUGGAGCUGGUGGUGCCUUGAGCACAGCCUUGGGGGCUCCUGGCCCUGAGGAACGCCCUGUGCCUGCCCCUGGCAUCCAGAGCGGUGCCAGUCCUGGACUUUCUGAUGCACAACUGAGCCAAGCCAAUGUGGUGGAGCUGCCUGGAGGAUCCUCAGUGAACGGGGGACCUUCCCCUGGUGCCAGCCUGGGGGAAGGAGCAGGAGCCAUCAUGCAGAAGACAUCAGGAGCACCAGCCCCAUCUGCCCUCCCCUCCCCUCAGGAGACGCAGCCCCUGGUCCCAGUGGCUCCUGACAGCAGCAGCAUUUCCAAUGACAUGGCCACCUCUCCAGCUGCUUCUCUGCCUCUUUCCGGGCAUGGGCUGAGCUCAGGGUUGGCACCCAAUGGGGACAGCAUCUCUGCCCCUGGCACCCAGAGUGGGAGCAGACCCCUGAUGCCAGGGGCACAGCGUGGGCUGGCAGGAGAUGCUGGAGGCGCUCAGACAUGGUCUUUUGAAGACGAGGUGGCCUCAGGGAUGCCAGCACCAUUGGGAGAAGUGUCCCCCCGUGCUCCUGCAUCCCCUGGUGCCGCCCUGGAGCUGCCUUCUGCUCCGCAGAGAGAAAACGCUGCAGAGGGAGUGUCCACCAACCCUGGGCUUUCUGCUCCGCUUUUGGCAUGUGAGUCAGUAGUGGGGUCCUCUGCAGGGAGAAGGGGAGAGCUGGUUGCUGCUGCACUGGGGGGGCCUGCCCUGCUCCUGCCUCCCCGCCAGCCGGGAAGCCCUGGAGCCCCCUCUGGGGAUGCUGACAUCUCUGUGCCUGAGGAAGCAAGUGCCAUGCUCCCUGGAGCGAUGGCAGGACGAGGGGACAUGGCUUGGCUCCUUCCCAGCACAACUGGAGCCAGGGUAGAUGUGGAGAUCACCACUCAUUCCCUGCUGGGGGGGAGUCCAGGGGUCCCUGCUCUUCCUCCCCCUGGAAUCACUGCUGGCAGCCCCACAUCAAAGACCCCGAGGCUGGGACCUGCCGGUAGUUCAUCACCAGCCGCUGUACAGCCAUUGCUGGGCAGCGAGCUGACCACCAGCCUAGUGAACCAAGCCCCUGUCACUGGUGGGUCGAGCAUCCCCACAGCCUUCCCAGGCCAGGGGGGAGCCUGGGGCAGGUCCCCAGCCACCACACGCACAGCCACCACCAGCCUGGCCCCACCAGUCCCCAUCCCUGGGGGCAGGGAGACAUUCCCCAGACCAGAAGCAGCCACUGUCAUCUCUCGAGCAUCAUCCCCAGUGUUUCCAGCUCCAUCAGAAGGGCCGGCGGCUGCCCUGACCCCAUUGCCUGGCCCUGCAGUUGCAGCUGUGCCCCUCUACCAGUACGGAGCGAGGGAAAACGAUCGGCAGUAUGUGGAGAGGAGGGUGGAUUUUAAUUCUCCACUUUUCAAGCCCGAGACUGGAUUCCCAUUUGGGAAAACCCUGCGUGACUCUCUCUACUUUACAGACAAUGGACAGAUCAUUUUCCCAGCCUCAGACAACAGCAUCUUCACAUACCCCAACCCUCCUCCCAGCGGCUUUAACGGCCACGAGGAGGUUCCCAUUAUCGCUGUGUUUUGGGACAACGCCGACUUCUCCAGAGGGGUUGGCACCACCUAUUACCAGGAGUACUUCACCCUCAACACGGCCAAGCCUCCAUUUGUCCGCGAUGUGGAAGCAAAGGUUCGGCGGUACCUGAAGUCCUCCUACUCUGCAGUCUGGACCCUGAAGAUCACCUGGGAGAGGGCACCUGCCUAUACAGCGCGGACUGACACCCACAGGACAAUCACGUAUCAGGCUGUUCUGACCACCGACGGCUUCAGGUCCUACGUCCUGAUGCUGUACCAGGAGGGAGGCAUGCAAUGGGAUUACACCAGGCUCGCUGCCACCAAUGUACUCAUUGGCUACACCAGCGGGGAUGGUUUUUACCACAACGAUGACCUGACUCAAAGACCUCCAGCCACUAAAUAUCGCCCUGACCAGUUCAGGGGCUACAACACAGACCUCCGUGGGCUGUGGAUUUACAAGCUGGAGAGCCGUGUGGGUGUCAACUACCGGCUGAAGUGCCUGGCGUGGACAGGGCGGCAGCAGGAGCCGCGGGCAUGGACCCAAGGCCUGCCCGCCUGCCCCUGCUCCCUGCAGCAAGGGCAGCAGGACCCCCGCUUCAAGAGCAGCCGUGGAGGCUGGUGGGCUGCCCGUGUCUCCAUGCUGCAUUCCGCCUCUCCCAACCAGCACGGUGCUGGCAUCCGCUGCCUGUAUGACAGCCAGAGCCAGCUCAUCGAGGGGCGGCAGGAGAGGUACUGGAGGUCCUUCAGGCAGACAUCCCCCUACCGUGACCAGGAGCUGAAGUUUUAUGACUGGUGCUGUAACCAGGCUGGCAGCGCCCACCUCUGCGCCCGCUACAGUGAGAAGAGACCAAAGAUUGGCUGUGGUGGAUACCAGCUGCCUGGCAUGGCAGGUUCCUCAGAGGAGUCAGAGAGCUACUCGGAGGAGCAGAGAGGCGGAGAGGAUGAAUAACUAUGGGGCUGCACACCAACAGCAUGGUCUGGGCCACGUCUGAUCCUCCGAGUCCUCCACUCCUUCUCAUCCACUGUGUCCCUGCACUUCUUCCAGUACCCAUCACACUGCCCACCACACAAGGCAGCUCACUUGGCCAGUGCCUGCUUCAUUGGCACAAGUUCAUGUUUCUAACCCAGACUUGUCCCAGGAACCAGUAGCUUUAGUUGCCCUUCCCCAGCUGCGGCCGAGUGGGUGCCCAUGAGCACCUCCUUGCUGGCAGGAGACGGGCAGGUACCCCUCACCUCGUAAACCACCUCUUUCCCCACCUACAUCCCACUGUGCCUCCCAUGCUACCGGGGGAGGUUGGACCCCUGGCACCUAGGGAAGGGGUUUUUGCACCUUGCAUGGGUUGACUGUGGCCAAGACCCCAAGUGCCAUGGUAUGCCAGGCUCACCCCAUGAGCUGGUCCUGUCUUGUCCCCCAUACCUUUGCUGGGUAUGUGAGGGCAAAAUGCAAUCUCAUGAUCAGAAAUUGGGAGAAAAAUAAAUAUUUUGUGCAUAAA